AUGGCGGCCGCAGGCGGGGACAGUCCUGAGCUAGAGCCGGGACCGGAGCCGGCGAUGGAGCCGGAGCCUGAGCCGGAACCCGAGCCGGAGCCCGAGGCCGAGCCGGCGCUGGCGGCGGAGCUGUCGGCUCGGCGCAGCGGGGAGGCGCGGCAGCUGGUGCUGUCGCCGCGGCGGCUGUCGGGCCCGCUGCCCGCCGGGCUGUCGCAGUGGUUCCCGGCGCUGGAGGUGCUGGACGUGAGCGGGACAGGGCUGGCGGAGAUGGGCACAGAGCUGCUGUCCUUGCCGUGCCUCCACACGUUGCUGGCCAAGAACAACCGGCUUGGCGGGCCCGGCUCUCUGCCCAAGGGGCUGGGGCAGGCGCCGCUCGCCCGCUCCCUCCGCGUCCUCAACCUCAGCGGGAACCGCUUCUCCGAGGUACCGCCCGCGCUGCUGCAGCUCCGCGGGCUGCGCAGCCUCAGCCUCGGCGGCAACCGGCUCCAGGGCAUCCCGCCCGACAUCCAGGAGCUCCACAGUUUAGAGUUCCUGUACCUUGGAGGGAAUUUCAUUACAGCAAUUCCACCUGAAUUAGCAAAACUGCCUUCUCUGAGGUAUCUAGUUCUGUGUGACAACAAGAUCCAGAGCAUUCCACCUCAGCUGGCACAGCUGCAUUCCCUGCGUUCCCUUAGCCUGCACAAUAACCUGCUGACUUACCUUCCCCGAGAGAUCCUUAACCUGGUUCACCUCGAUGAGCUGAGCUUGCGUGGGAACCCACUGGUGGUGCGGUUUGUGCGUGACCUGACCUACAAUCCCCCGAGCCUUCAGGAACUGGCUGGACGCACAGUUAAAACUCGCAACAUUCCCUACACUCCCAGUGAUCUCCCAGAGAGUCUUGUCCGGUACCUGAGCUUGGCCAGCAACUGCCCCAAUCCUAAAUGUGGGGGUGUGUACUUUGACAGCUGUGUCAGACAGAUCAAGUUUGUUGACUUCUGUGGGAAGUAUCGGCUUCCACUGAUGCACUACCUGUGCUCCCCAGAGUGCUCCUCUCCCUUCAGCUCUGCCUCCCAGAGCUCCACUUCCCAGAGCGAGUCUGACUCUGAGGAUGAGGCCAGCGUUGCUGCACACAGGAUGCAGAAAGUCCUUCUGGGAUAA